AAUUACGAUUCUUUUUUUGCGAAUUAAUAUUUAGAUCCACCGGCAAAAUCACUUUUUGGGGGAGGAGCAAAAUUAACUUCUCUCAUUUUAAUCAAAGGAGCAGCUCAGUGAUUUCGUGUGUUUGAUCAGUGAUAAUUUGAACUCUCUCUCUCUCUCACACAAAUUGAGAUCAUUGGGUGAAACCUUAAAUGCAAUUGGGAUCGUCGGAGGAGGAAGGGAGGUGAUGUUGUGUGGAUGGGGAAGAAUUAGGGUUUUAUCCGAUUGGAAUCAGGAACAAGGAUGCAACUUCACAUCUCGCCGAGCAUGAGAAGCCUCACGAUAUCGAGCAGCAAUGAGUUUUUUGAUUCGAUGAAGAUCAAAGUCGCGCCUCCUCUCAUCUCUUACCGAACUCUCUUCCACACUAUCUUGAUCCUCGCCUUCCUCUUGCCUUUCGUCUUCAUCCUCACCGCUCUUGUCACCCUUGAAGGUGUCAACAAGUGCUCCUCCAUUGAUUGUUUAGGGAGGCGGUUAGGACCACGCCUUCUUGGUAGGGUAGAUGAUUCAGAGGUGAGUGAGAUUGAUUCCUUCUUUUUUUCAGAUUUUUUGACAAGUUAUUACAAGAUGGAUUCCCUCUUCAUUGUUUUACUUUUAAUUCGGAUCAUUUUUCUGUUGUUGCAGCAGAGACUAGUUAGAGACUUUUACAAAAUUCUAAACGAAGUAAGCACUCAAGAGAUUCCAGAUGGUUUAAAGCUUCCCAAUUCUUUUCGUCAACUUGUUUCCGAUAUGAAGAACAACCACUACGAUGCCAAAACGUUCUCCCUCGUUCUCCGAGCUAUGAUAGAGAAGUUUGAAAGGGAUAUGAGGGAAUCCAAAUUUGCUGAACUUAUGAACAAACACUUUGCAGCAAGUUCCAUUCCAAAAGGGAUCCACUGCCUCUCUUUGAGACUAACUGAUGAGUACUCCUCAAAUGCUCACGCUCGGAGACAGCUUCCUUCCCCUGAGCGUCUCCCUGUUCUCUCGGACAACGCUUACCACCAUUUUGUCCUAGCUACAGACAACAUUUUGGCUGCGUCGGUUGUGGUCUCAUCCGCUGUUCAGUCGUCUUCCAAGCCUGAGAAAAUUGUCUUCCAUGUUAUCACCGACAAGAAAACCUAUGCGGGGAUGCAUUCUUGGUUUGCGCUUAACUCCGUCGCUCCUGCCAUCGUUGAAGUCAAAAGCGUUCAUCAGUUUGACUGGCUGACAAGAGAGAAUGUUCCUGUUCUCGAAGCUGUGGAGACUCAUCACGGUAUCAGAAACUACUACCAUGGGAAUCAUAUCGCUGGUGCAAACCUCAGUGAAACAACUCCAAGAAAAUUCGCUUCGAAGUUGCAAUCAAGAAGUCCCAAAUACAUAUCUUUGCUCAACCAUCUUAGAAUCUAUCUACCAGAGCUGUUUCCAAACUUGGACAAGGUGGUGUUCUUGGAUGAUGAUAUAGUGAUUCAGAGAGAUCUAUCUCCUCUUUGGGAUAUUGAUCUUCACGGGAAGGUGAAUGGAGCCGUGGAGACUUGUAGAGGAGAAGACGAAUGGGUUAUGUCAAAGCGUCUCAGGAACUACUUCAACUUCUCUCACCCUCUCAUAGCAAAGCAUUUGGAUCCGGAGGAAUGUGCUUGGGCUUACGGAAUGAAUAUCUUUGAUCUACGGACUUGGAGGAAGACAGACAUCAGAGAAACUUAUCAUUCUUGGCUAAAAGCGAAUCUGAAGUCUAACUUAACAAUGUGGAAACUGGGGACAUUGCCUCCAGCUCUGAUUGCAUUUAAAGGGCAUGUUCAGGCAAUAGAUUCUUCUUGGCACAUGCUUGGAUUAGGAUACCAGAGCAAUACCAACAUCGAAAACGUGAAGAAAGCUGCGGUGAUUCACUACAAUGGGCAAUCAAAGCCGUGGCUGGAGAUAGGUUUCGAGCAUCUGAGACCGUUCUGGACAAAAUAUUUGAACUACUCCAAUGAUUUCAUCAGGAGCUGUCAUAUCUUGGAAUAGCAAAAAGAAAGCUUUCAGAUAAAACCUUGAAGGUAAGAGAAGUGGAGAUUUGGCGGGGGUUUAUGGAGAUAUAUACAUUGGGAUUUUUGGCUGAAAGAUGAAACUAGUUACAGAGCUAUGCAGGAGAAAGAUUGAUUCUAAGAUUGAUUCUUCUGUAGAGGUAGAAGGGUUACCCUUUGUUGAGAUUCUUUUGACAAAGCAGAAGAAAUUGGAUUUUUUUGGUCAUGAUCAGACAACAAACACUGUUACAGUUGCUCCACUUUUUUUUUUUUCUUUCUAAAUUUGUUGGUUCGUAAUUUUUUGGCAAGUUACAAUUCCAAUUUUUUACAAUUUAAUUUCAGUAGUAUUAUUCAUCGAUUUUAAUGAGAGAACAUAUUUGAUUUAUUAAGGUCAAUAGAUGACCACACUUCUUGAUUGUUGUUU